AUGAACACCGACUAAAUUUAAAAACUUUGGGAUUCAUUUAGUCAUAAAUAUACUGCCAUGCAAAAGAACCCUUCUGUCUUCUGUUUCACACUCUUAAAUAUGUUGCGUAUAGAAGAUUCCUAUUCGUAAAUAUUCAUUUAUAUACUUUAAGUAUUAUUGAUGCUGGUUGUGGAGGAGGACAUCUACACUAAUAUAUUGUAGAAAAAAAGAAUCCUUAAGCUACUUUUGUUGCAUUUGAUUUCUCUAACUAAAUGGUCAAAAUUACAGCUGCUAGGAUGCAUAAAUACCUUACUUAAAAACAAAAAGGAAGCAUCGACUCUCUUACUCAAGAAGAAAUAGAUAAUGUUAAUUUAAGUAAUAUUUAAAACUUAAGAAGAUUCUGAAAUCUUUAAUUAAAUUAAUUAUUCAAUAUAAUAGGCAAAUAUCCAAGAACUAAAUUAAUUCCAAGAUAAUACUUUUGAUACAUAUAUUUCCAACUUAGUUUAUCAUCUAAUCCCAAAUCCUCAAUAAGCAAUGGCUGAAGCCUAUCGUAUACUUAAACCUGGAGGUAAAUUCGGUAUCACAGUAUGGGGAUCUAAAAAUAAUAGCAAAGCAUUGACUAUUUAUUAAGAAGCUUUAAUAAGAAGUGGAAUUCUUGAAAAACCAUAAGGACCUUCCAAAUUUUUGGAAAGCACUUAACCAAUUAUUGAAAUGGCACAAUUAUAAGGAUUUACUAACAUAUGUAAUAUUUUAUAAAUUUAUUUAGAUUGUUGGACAUAAUCUAAUCCUUUUGACAAUUUUAGUCUUGAUGACAUAGGCAAAUUUUCAAAUCCAGAAGUUUUGGAACUAUUAAAAAAUUCCCCUUAAGAAAAAGUGUAAUAAUUUGAAAACAUAGUCUGUGAGAUUUUGAAUUAGGAAAAGCAAAAACAUUAACCAUUAUUUUUAGAAUGCAUUUUAUUAGUAGCUACAAAAGCUAAUUGAGAAAUUAUAUCAUAUAAAUAAAU